GCGGACGGCGGGGCGGAGGGAUACCGUCAUCAUCAUCAUCGAGGCAGUCGGUUUGUAGGAAGCACCGACAGUCAGCACUGCUGCAUUUUUACCUAAAAACUAUUUGACACUUUAAUUAGCUCGCUACUUUUACCCCUAUCUCGAAAUGGGUGAUCGAGACGAUAUGGUUUAUCAGGCCAAACUUGCCGAGCAGGCAGAGCGAUAUGACGAGAUGGUAGAGUCUAUGAAGAGGGUGGCUGAAAUGGACAUAGAGCUAACAGUGGAAGAGAGGAACCUACUAUCAGUGGCCUACAAGAAUGUGAUUGGAGCUCGGAGAGCAUCCUGGAGAAUAAUCAGUAGUAUUGAACAGAGGGAAGAGCAAAAGACCGUAGAGGGCAAGCUGAAGAUGAUUCGGGAAUACAGGCAAACGGUUGAGAAAGAGCUGAAGAACAUCUGUAAUGAUAUUCUGAACGUACUGGACAAGCACCUAAUUCCUGCUGCUAACACUGGAGAGUCUAAGGUCUUCUACUACAAAAUGAAGGGUGACUAUCACAGGUACUUGGCAGAGUUUGCCACGGGCAACGACAGGAAGGAGGCAGCGGAGAACAGUCUCGUGGCCUACAAAGCAGCCAGCGAUAUAGCCAUGACUGAGCUGCCACCACAACAUCCCAUUCGUCUGGGCCUUGCCCUAAACUUCUCUGUGUUCUACUAUGAGAUCCUCAACUCCCCUGAUCGUGCUUGCAGGUUGGCAAAGGCUGCGUUUGAUGAUGCUAUCGCAGAACUGGAUACGUUGAGCGAAGAAAGCUACAAGGACUCCACACUUAUCAUGCAGUUGUUACGUGACAACCUGACACUAUGGACUUCAGAUAUGCAGGGAGAUGGUGACGAGCAGAGCAAAGAGCAACUGCAAGAUACUGACGAGCAGCAGCAGCAGCAGCAGCAGCAGCAGCAGCAGUGAGACUAAGCCACCAACAGCCAACAACUUGACACCCUCCCUUCACCUCCUCACACUCCUGCCCCUUCCCUCUUCCUCCCCCUUUCUUCCCUCUCUGUGAGUCAUCCUCCUCUAUUUUCCUCUUUUCCUUUUUCCUUUCUGUAGCUCUGCAGCUCCAAGACUCAUCAGGGCCAUGGAGUGUUUUUUUUGUUUGUUUGUUUUUUAAUUAAUUUUUUUUAUAUUAUCCUUCACAUUAUUCGGAAAAAUACCACUUAAUUGAGACAGUAAAUACAAUAGUAGAAAAAUAGUCCCUGGAUUUUUUUUUUUUUUGUCCUGGUACAAGCAGUUCUGAAAUGUUUUAUCAUUAUUGUAUUUUUUUUUUUUUUUGCUUCCUUUUUUUCCAAUAUUUUUAUCAGUUGCUGGAUGUAUUGAGAAUUUUUUUUCUUAAUGUAAUUACAGAAAUUAACUUUUAUUACUGAUAAUGUUGACUCUUAGUUAUGGGAGCUAUUUUAUCUCUGUUUUUAGUGACAUGCAAAUCAUUUUACCUUUUUGCGGGCAAUUUGAGCAGUUAAAGUGCCCUUUUUGUGUUAACUUAGUUUUUCAGGGGAAGUUGGCAAAAUUCGUGAUAUCCAUGUGGGGCAAAGUGCAUACCCUUUCCACUAUAGGGAUUCAGUUUUUGUAGUUGUCCUUGGACUGUACUUUGUGCUGAGAUACUGUAGCUGUGCACACAUGCUGAAAGGUGGACCUCUUGAUCGGUGGUGGUGGUUUUAAUUACAAAUAAAUGGGAGUUUUUGUCACACAUGCAAAAGAAAAGUCUCAAUUUGGCCCUCUUUCAUCAGUCCUAAAAAAUCAAGUUUGUCAGUGCUUGCAUGAUUGAAAUAUCUUUUCUUCUCCUUUUUUUUAAUAUAAACUAAAAAGCUCCUCUAGGAUCCGAGGUUUUCUUUUUUGCUGUUAUUUUUGCUUCAUUAUGUGUAACUUGGAGCUGAUUUGUACUACUGGAUAUCUGACUGGAGCCACAGACAGGGAAUCUGCAUUGUUCUUACUGAAACACAGCAUGGAAUUAACAUUAAACAAUCUAAAUUAAACAUUACAAAUGGAUUUGUUUGCUUUCAUUGAGUCCAGCAUAUCAGUCUGCCUGUCAGAGACAGGCUGAUACUGCUGCUUCUUAUUUUGGCUGUUAUGUGGACAAAUAUAAUCCAUGGAAUUGUUUGUUCAAAGUUCUGAAUUAAAUAAAACUGUCCUGCAGAA